AUGCCACGCAGAAGGAAUCCGUCCAAGCAGGUAUCUCGACGGAGCCACCGCGGCUGCCACCGUUGCCGACUGCACAAAAUUCGGUGCGAUGAGACCAAACCUCAGUGCGGACCGUGUGUCUCGCGUGGCUAUUCCGACUGCGUGUAUGUCCAGAUCCUCAAGUGGGAGACCGACUAUGUCGGCCGCGCCUUCGGCAGGGCCGGCGUUUGGUCGAAAUCCGGGGCCGGCACCAAUAACAAGAGAAAGGCGUCGACGCCGCCGUCGACCCUGGACAUGAGCAACCACAACUACUGCAGCGUCCCGACCCGCGUCCUUCCGUACGGGUUUCUGAACUCCUUCGUCACUGACUUCAUGAAAGAGGAAUCUUCCUCCUCUUCCAGCGACGACAGCUCCAGCGAUGACCACAGAUCCGCAGCCCUCACGUUGAGGAAGAAUCUGGGUUCCCUGAACCGGCCGGUGACGUAUAUCCAGCUUGACACUCAAGCCGAAUCGCAUCUCUUGUCCUACUAUCUCAACCGGAUCUGCCCCAUGACGAUACCGUGCGCGAAAGGCGAGUCGCCCUUUUCGGCGCUCAUCUUCCCCUUCGCCGUCUCGUCCGCCUCGCCGGCUCUCAUGCACGCUUUACUGGGUCUCGCAGCUUCCCAUAGAGCCAGAACAGACAGCAGCUACCAGUCCGUGGCGCUGAGCUACUCGGCCAAAGUCAUCCGGUCGCUGCGCCUGACCAUCGGCAACAGGUCGUCCAUAGACAUCGCGGCAAGCUCCGAGAUCCUCGUCCUGAUGAUGCUUCUCUGCCAGCUGGAGAUCAUCGCCGAGUGCGACAAGCGUUGGGUUACGCAUCUCCGAGGGGCCCGGGACCUCAUCAGGUUCAGACGACAGGGCAUGAGUUCGGAUGCCGCCAAGAUGGCGGCCAAGCAACAGAGCCCGUGGGGGCAUAUCAUCAAGUUCGCGGAGCGUUACUUUGCCUUUUACGACGUCAUGGGCCGGACGGCCUGCGGCGAGGAGCCCAUCUUCGGCAACGACUUCUGGUCGGCGCAGGAGGACCAGCUCGAUCUGUGGAUGGGCUGCUCCCCCCACCUAGUCAGUAUCAUCGGCGAGAUCACCGAGCUCAGCUUCAAGUACAAACGCCUGUCGGCCUCGACGACGGAGGACUACCGGCAGGACCUGGAGAAGCAGCGCAUGAGGCUGACUUCGGUCCUUCAGCGGCCGAAGCUCAAGAGUGACAGCGACGACUUGAUCAUCCGAAACACAGUCGAGUUGAAGCGGUUGACCGCGGAGCUGUAUCUCCACUCGGCGCUCAACGAUUCGACCCCGACCACGCCGAUCAUCCGGCAGAACGUGAAGAAGAUCCUGCGUCUCGUCGCGAUGCUCCUCGGAGCCGGUGUCAAGGCCGGCCUGACAUGGCCGCUCUUCAUGGCUGCUUGUCAGCUCGACCCCACGGAGGAGCUCGAAUGGGAGACGGAGGAUCUAGACUAUAAGGACGACGACGACGUCGCGGUUCCCCAUCACGCGCGACCGUUCGUCCUGUACGUCCUCGAAAAGCUGUCGGAUUCCCUCUCAAACGUCACCAGGACUCGCUCCGUCAUCGAAAAGGUCUGGAAGCAGCGAGAGGCCGCAUCGUUCCUUUCUUACGAACGUCAGCAGUCGCCCAGUCCAAAAGCUUUUAAUGACUGGGCUCGGUUCGUGGCGCCUCUGUGCCACAACAUCAGUCUUGCUUAA